AUGGGAAAUGCGAUGGGUUCUUCAAAAGCAUCUUAUACACAGAUUCUUGUAGCAUCUUCAAUUGGAUUAAUUCUUGCUGCAGCUGUGCAUUAUCGUCUCAAGAAAAUCCGUGAUCAAAAAAUUGUUCCUCGUACUAAAGUUACUAAUACUGGUCAGAUCCUUAGGUUUGAGAGUUUUUCUCAUUAUGUAGCUAGACAAAUGGGAUUUAAUGACAAGAGGGAAUGUCCACAUUUGUGCAAAUUAUCAGCUGAGUACAUUAGAAAAUCAGAUGGGUGUGAAGAAAAUAUAUACAACUUCUUUUCUAAUGAACCAGAUGCUGAUUCUCUAUUCAUUAAGUUAGUUGAAGAAUUUGAGAGAUGUAUCCUUAGUUACUUUGCAUUUCAUUGGACCAAUGCUUCUCAUAUGAUCAGCCAGAUUUUGAGUGCUGAUCAUGCAGAGCCUAAAAAGAAGCUCAAAAACAUUGUCAUGGCUGCUACUAGGGAACAAAGAUUUGAAAGGGUGACGAAGAAUCUGAAGGUUGCAAGAGUAUUUACGACGUUAGUUGAGGAGAUGAAAGCAAUAGGGCUAGUUUCAGCAGAUGAUUCAGAGUGCACUGAUGUGAUGGUUCCAAUGGCUCAUAAAGAUAGAAGCCCAGUCCUACUCUUUAUGGGUGGUGGUAUGGGAGCUGGUAAAAGCACUGUGCUCAAGGACAUCCUCAAGGAACCAUUUUGGGCAGGAGCAGCAGGUAAUGCAGUCGUAAUAGAAGCAGACGCUUUCAAAGAAUCAGAUGUGAUUUACAAAGCCCUUAGUUCGAGGGGACAUCACAAUGACAUGCUUCAAACAGCUGAAUUGGUACAUCAGUCGUCAACAGAUGCAGCAUCAUCGCUUCUUGUAACAGCACUUAACGAAGGAAGAGAUGUCAUAAUGGAUGGUACACUAUCAUGGAUACCCUUUGUGGUGCAAACUAUAACCAUGGCAAGAAAUGUACACCGAAGACGUUACCGUAUGGGUGUUGGAUACAAAGUGGAGGAUGAUGGAUCUGUAACUGAGAACUAUUGGGAACAGUUGAAUGAAGAACAAGAGUCCACUGAUGAAAAUAGAAAGAGAAGACCAUAUAGAAUAGAAUUGGUUGGAGUUGUUUGUGAUGCUUAUUUAGCUGUCAUUAGAGGAAUAAGGAGAGCUAUCAUGUGUAGAAGAGCGGUAAGGGUGAAUUCACAACUGAAAUCACACAAGAGAUUUGCAAGUGCAUUCCAUACAUACUGUCACAUAGUAGACAGUGCAAGAUUGUAUUCUACUAAUGCAUUGGAGGGCCCUCCUAAGAUGAUAGGGUGGAAGGAGAAAGAAAGGACACUAUUAGUUGAUCCAGAUGAGAUAAAUGUACUGCAAAUGGUUGGAAGGUUGAAUGAUGGAGCAAACUCUAUCUAUGAACUUUACAAGAAUCCUCAUCCAGCAUUUCAAGCAGGAUCUGUUUGGAAAGAUAUUGUCUUGUCGCCUUCGAGGGUCAACAUUCAGAAAGAACUCAAGUAUUCCAUCCAGAAAGUUGAAAGGAUGAGAAGCUAGCCGAGUUACUUUCUACUAGUUUUGAUAAAAACCGCGGAGUUAUUAGUAUUCCCACUGUUCCAAUUUAUUCAACACUGUUUGGAUUUCGAGAGUCAUACAUUUUAACUUUGAUAGUGAAUUUUGGCAUGUAAUUGUAAGGUUUUCGAAAUAAAACUUAUAUAUAUGUAUAAUGAAACUAUGCAAAAGGAACAAGUGUCCGAUUUUCUUUCA